AUGUUCAAGCUGCCCGGGAUCUGCGCGCGUGGUCUGAUUCGAGCGACCCGGAUCCCCCGUCGGAGUCCUUGGGUUCGGAGUGUCACCACCGAGGCUGCACUCUCUCCAGCCCUCUUGACCCGAGCACGGGUCUUGAACGCCGAACACAUCUCCCUCUCCGCCCAAUUGACCGAUGCCUUCGAUACCAAGAUAGCCAAGCGAGUCGGGGAAUUGACCCCGAUCGCACAGGCCGUGAAGGAAUGGGAUGAAAUCCAGAAUUCCAUGGUCGAACUCCGAUCCCUACUCGAUGACCCCGAGACCGACGUCGAAUUACGACCACUAGCCCUCGAGGACCUCGAGAGUAGCCAGGCCUCCCUCCCGUCCAUCGUCGACAAGCUCAAGCAAGCCCUCAUCCCCCGACACCCCUUCGCCACCUUCCCGUGUCUCAUCGAGAUCCGCCCCGGCGCGGGCGGCGACGAAGCCGGUCUAUUCGCCGUCGAAGUCCUCCGCAUGUAUGUGGCCUACUGCACGCGGCGAGGCCUCCGUGCCACCAUCAUCAAGCAGGACGUGGAGGACGGCACAGCCGAGGAUCGCAUGAGCGAGGGUGUGAUCGAGGUCGAGGCCGACGGGGCCUACGACAUACUGCGGACCGAGUCGGGCGUGCACCGCGUGCAGCGCGUGCCCGCCACCGAGUCCAAGGGCCGCACCCACACCAGCGCCGUCAGCGUCAUGGUGCUGCCCAGUUUCCCCGAAUCCGACGCCACCGCCCUCGGCUUCGACGACCCCAACAGCGACUACUACAUCGACCCGCAGGAGGUCAAGUCCGAGAAGAUGCGCGCCGGCGGCGCCGGCGGCCAGCACGUCAACAAGACCGAGUCGGCCAUCCGCCUCACCCAUCUCCCCACGGGCCUCUCCGUUUCCAUGCAGGAUUCGCGCUCCCAACACGCCAACCGCAAGAAGGCCUGGCAGCUGCUGCGCGCCAAGCUGGCCGAGCGCCGCCAAGAGGCCCGCGAGCAGGAGACCGUCGCCCUCCGCCGCGGCGCCAUGGGCGGCGUCGCCCGCAUGGGUCGCGGCGACAAGAUCCGCACCUACAACUACAGUCAGAGCCGCUGCACUGACCACCGCAGCGGCAUCACCCUCCACGACCUGCACGGCGUGCUCGAAGGGGGCGACGGUCUCGACACAAUUAUGGACAGCGUCCGCAACUGGAUGGUCGAGCAGGAGAUUCAGGCCUUGGCCGCGGAGGAAACGGCCAAACUCAAGAACCAGAAAUAA